AUGCAAAUCAAUGACACUUUUGAUAUUUUAAACAGUAAAAUCUUAUACGACAAAAAUCCUAAUUCUCGGCCACUAAGUGAAGCUAACAAAAACUUAUUUCAAACUUUAAAAAAUACAUGCAACAUAUUCCUCGAAGCUAAAAAACUACAUAAAAACAAAAAUAUAAAGUCACAACCUCCGUGCUUUACCGGAAUUGUUUGGUCAAUCAACUCGAUUUUAGCACUGUAUGAAAUUGAAAAAUCAGAUGUAUUGAAUAAAUGUGAUACUGAAAAAUUGUAUUUCUUAUUGACCAACCGUUUAUGCCAGGACCCACUAGAAAAUCUUUUUUCUAUAAUGCAGCAAAAGAACGGGUAUAAUCGUAAUCCAACUUCAAGGAUGUUCAGAAGUUGUUAUGCAAACAUUUGUACAUUUAGCCUUAUGAAAUGUUCAGAGUUGUGUAACUGUGAAGAAGACAAUGAUGUUUUCUUACAGUUGAUGUUCUAUCUGAUGUGUCUAAUACUGAAGGAACCACUAUUGAAAACAAAAAGAUGA